CGGCGGGAUGGGCACCGGCUUGCCUUUGGCGCAGGCGGGGAAGAAGGCGGGCGGGCGGCCAGGUGCGCUCGGGCUCUUCUGCCCCGGGGCGCCGGGGCCUCUCUGCGUCAAGCUCUGGGCACCCGGCUGGAUGCCUAGAUAACGGUCCAAGAUGGGGCGAUCCGGGCUGGACGACGGGCGUGGCCGAGGCCUUCGGACACGUUCCUUCUCGGGAUGCAAUCUUGCUGCUGGCUCGGAGCCCCCGGCUGCAGCUUGACCGAGGCCUGGAGCCGGGCGCCCGCCCAGCGCCGCUGCUCUCCGGGAUGGGGGAGCCUGGGCAUCGAGCUGUGAGGGCCUGGGAACCUCCCAGACCCACACCAGACACGAAGGCUCAAGGUCACAGAGCUGGGUCUGCCGUUUACAAAUGCCUGCUUUUAACUGGAGUGUUUGUAAAUGGCCUACUGUUUCCUCUCUUGGGCUAGGGAAUUAGGAUUCAGAGAAGAGGACUCUAAAAAUACUAAUCGCCGAGUCCCAAUCAGCUGAUCCGCCUUACUGGCCAGUGACCCUGGCCUUUCAAAGGAAGUAAGAGGGACAGCGCUUUUCACUCGGGUACUUUGUAUGUCUGGCCCUUACUCUGAAGAUUGGCCUAGAAGUUUCAGAAAAAUGUGUCUUAGAACUGAACUGACCCCUUUUUCCCCCUUUCUGCCCUUUUUCUGUUCUCUAAUUUUAAACUCAUUCUUCAGGUUCAAGUGAUUUCCCCACUUACAGGUUUCUGAUGGACACCUACUGUUUUCUUGAAUGGAAACCUGAUUUCUCAUGAAAGCUGGGCAAAACUUGCCCUUUGCCCAAGCCCUCUCUGGAUAGCAUUCCUGGGAGUGGCCCGAGUGUUGAGGAGUGUUGGUCAGCAUUUGUCAGAAAAGGGUGAGCGGUUAAGUCAUGCAGAGAAUUCCUGCAGAGAUGAGAGGUGUAGCUGGUAGCUGACGUGUUUGGGAUUUCUUUAUUUGUACUUUCAAUAGAGGGGCUAAUGUAUAUUAACAAGAACAUCUUAGUCCUUUCUAGAGUCUAUUUUUAUACGACUAAUGUUAGUGAUGACUAUUGUUUAAAUGUAUCAGCAAAAAUUAAAAAAUGUAAGUUUUCUGACUUUACCAUCUCUAUCUAUCUAUCUAUCUAUCUAUCUAUCUAUCUAUCUAUCUAUCUAUCAUCUAUCCAUCCGUCCAUCCCUGUGUCCUUCAUCUAUCAUUUUGAGACAAGCAAGUUCCUAGCAGGCCUGGAACUCACUGUGUUGAUGAGUCUGAGCUCCUACUCUAGGUGAUCCUCCUGCCUCUGCUGCCCCCGUGCUCGGAUUAUAGGCCCUUAGCAGCUACGUUGCUUUGCUUUUAACUGAAUAAUUGCCAUAAGGAUAUUUUUGUAUCUCAAUAUUUAUUUAAAAAUCCUUUUGCUUCCUUGUUGAUGAAUGAUAGAGUUGGGAUGUCUUCCAAGAGGUCUGGAGACUUUGUUUGGCUCUCGAUUUACAUUUGCCUCAAGUUUUGAUCUUGUCUGAUAAACCUAUGACCCAAAUCCAGACCUCAGUCAAAUUUAGUUUCAGCUUAACCACAUUAAGAUGCCUGGUAUCAUGUGACUUCUAGCAGAAACCAAAGUGGUAUUUUAUUUAUUUAUUUUAUUAUUUUUUUAUGAGAGCAUUGCCCCUGUGUGCAGCAGUGCACAUGCGAGCACGCCACACACACACACACACACACACACACACACACGAACUCUGGUGGUAUUCCUCUGUCCCUGAUGACCUUGUUUUUUGAGAUAGGGUUUCUCCACAGGAAUUCAUCUUCUCCAUCUUUCAACACUGAGAUUACUAGCAUGCACUGCCACGCUUGGCUUUUUUACAUGGGUCUGAGACUCAGGUUCUCAUGUUUAUCACCAACUGAACUGUCUUCGCUCCCUUCUCUUUUUGUGUCUGGCACUGGGAAUUGAACCCAAGGCUUCACACAUGAAAGUCAAGUGCUCUACCACUGAGCUGUACCCCUAGUCCUUUCUCGUGCUGUUUUGAGGCGUGGCUUCUGUAAAUAGCCCAGGCUAGACUUGAACCUGCUCUGUAGACCGAGCUGACUUUCAACUUGACAUCCUCCUAACUCAGCCUCCUGAGUAGCUGAGAUUACAGGCACACACCCACCACUCUACCUGGGUAGUGCUGGCAUUUGUGAAGUGUGACUGUAUUAUCAGGUACAGGUGCUUUGUCACCUGUGUAUCACAAUCCAAAGUCAGGGGUCUCUGAAAGGUCCUUAUUGACAUUGGGUUGUUAGUUAAGUGUGCAGUUAGCUUAGUAAUCCAGAGGGCUGUUGCUGGCUUCCAGGACACAGCUUUUAUCAAGUGCUUGACACAGUAUCUCAAGGGAACUUGCAGUCAUAAAUACAGCAGCCACAUUUAUGUACAAGAGGCUUGGAUAUGUAUACGGAAAAGAAUUUCAGAAAAGGUCGCGUUUUCAUGUUAUCUUAUAGUAGCAGUUUGGGCAUAUGCACAAAAUUACCCGCUGCUGUUUUCUUAGGGUACAUCCUUUGUUUUCCUGGUUUUGGUCUCUUCUGUCAUAGGAUGGCAUUAGGUCUGUGUCUGCAGGUGCUGUGCAGCCUGGGUGGCUGGCUCUCACUCUAUACGUCUUUCUGCCGCCUGAAUAAGCACCGAAGCUAUGAGUGGAGCUGCCGGCUGGUGACCUUCACCCAUGGAGUCCUCUCUAUAGGCCUGUCUGCUUAUAUUGGCUUCAUUGAUGGCCCUUGGCCUUUUACCCACCCAGGCUCGCCAAACACACCUCUCCAAGUUCACAUUCUGUGUCUUACCUUGGGCUACUUCAUCUUCGACUUGGGCUGGUGCAUCUAUUUCCAGUCCGAGGGUGCCUUGAUGCUGGCUCACCACACACUGAGCAUCUUGGGGAUCAUCAUGGCCCUAUCACUUGGGGAGUCGGGCACAGAGGUCAACGCGGUCCUCUUUGGAAGUGAGAUCACCAACCCGUUGCUCCAGAUUCGCUGGUUUCUCCGUGAAACCGGGCACUACCACAGUUUCACUGGAGAUGUGGUGGACUUCCUCUUUGUGGCUCUGUUCACUGGUGUGAGGAUUGGUGUAGGCGCCCAUCUCCUUUUCUGCGAAAUGGUCUCACCCACACCGAAGUGGUUUGUGAAGGUUGGGGGAAUAGCAAUGUACGCUGUGUCUUGGUGCUUUAUGGUUAGCAUCUGGCGCUUUGCGUGGAAGAAGAGCAUCAAGAAGUACCAUGCGUGGCGGAGCAGGAGGAAUGAGGAGCGACAGCUAAGACACAAUGGGCAUCUCAAGGCACACUAGCCAAGGCUUGCUCCCGGUAAAUGGACUGGGUUGACUUGGCCAUGGGACUAGAGUCAGAAACAGAACUGAGCUUAUAGUGCUUAAGAAUUGAGCUUGUAGGGUACUAGGUUUUGAAAAAGGGCUAAAUGUAUCCAUCACUUUAGUCGGUUCUCAAGCUAAGCAUAUGCAGUGUUGAGACACUCACUCCUACAGUGGUACUUGCACAUCCUCACUGGUGAAUGGCAAGUGGCAUUGUAUAGUGUGGACCGUUGCCACUUGUUUUUGGGCCCCCAUGUUCACGGGAGGCCUGAUGGAUAUUCAGACAGCUUUGAAAAGAACUUGAAUGAAAUCAGUGCUGUCUGUCUCUUGUUCCUUUGGAAAUGACUCCUGAGUUCUACGAGACAGUUUGGCCCAUGUGCUAUAAAGGGAGGAACUCACAGGAAGGGACGUGCGUUUGACAUUCAGGCAUCUGUGAAUGGGAUCUGUUAUGUAAAGAGAGACAGAAGGAUGGGAGUGAAAUUAGCAAUGGCAGACACUUCCCACCGAGCCUCCCUGCACUGACUGUGUCAGAGGUCCCCAAGGACACCCUUGGGUUCCAUGAUUCAUCAAGAAGACUCAGGGCUUAGCAUAGAGUCUCACAGCUUUGACUUAUGAUAAUGAAAGGAUACAGGGAAGACUCAGCAAAGGGAAAAGGAACCUUUGUCAGAGCCUGUGGGAUCUAAGUAUGAGUUUCUAAAGUCUCCUAUUUGGAUAUACAGGAGUGAUUCAUGUCAACACACAUGAAAGUCAUCAAAGACUUGGUGCCCAGAGCUUUUACUGGCAAUAGGUCAUGGAGGAACCUUUCUAGCACAAGGCAAAAUUCAAGAUUCCCCACAGCAGGCAUUCAACAUAAGCCAUAUUGCUUCAGAAACAGUUUAGGAGCAGUGAGCCAGUCUUAACAGUUUCUGGUGGGAGCCCACUCUAAGUUGAAGUUCCUAGGUGCCAGCCAAGGGCCAGCAUUGUAAGCAGGCCUUUUCAAGGAUAGCAGUUCAGGCUUGUUAUGUUAACUCUUGUGUGUGCAAAAAACCGUAGAGCUAAUGCUUUGGAUGCAAGAUGAAUGAGGUGUGGGUAGAUUUAGAUUUACUUAGUCCUGUUGUACAGGUUCUGCCCUACCAGGAAAAGUAUGCCAGUUCUCAGGGCUUUUGUGAAUUAAUCUGCUAGGCAUGAGAGGCCAUGGCUAAAUUCCAUGGGGAUUUACCAUGCAGAUUCCACUGUACUUGAGAUGGAGUUCAGGUUUCAGCUCCUGGUAUAUACUGCAAGCUAGAACCAAAGAUUUCAGUGUACGUAUUAGCCUCAGAGUGAUGAGGUUCCUUCCUUCCUUCCUUCCUUCCUUCCUUCCUUCCUUCCUUCCUUCCUUCCUUCCUCCUCUUUCCUUCCCUUCCUUCCUCCUUUUCCUUUGUUGCCGAUACAUACCCUUUUAAUCACUUUUUCUCCCUCUCCUGAGAUAUGGUCUUGCUUGCAUAGCUCAGGCUAGCAUUGAACUCUAUCCUUAAGUCUCAGUGCUAGGAUUACACUCUUGUGCCACCAUGCCUGGCUCUAAUGUAGGGCUUUAAUGGAAAAAAAUAGUAUUAUUUGUUUAGUUGGUAUUUUUACUGUUAUUUAGAUCAAUGAUGAUUGGCUAAUUCAGUUGGUCAGCCAGGAAAGGGUGCUACUGAAGCAAGGCUGUAAAGGUCAGCAAGUAGUGUCCGCUCAUUCUAUAGUCACUGGUGACACUGACCCAGUGAGUGACCUUGCGAUCGAUGGUAUUGGCCACAGAAACUAGUCGUGGGGGAGAGGCUGGAAACAUGUAGACAUUCUUGCAAAUGGAAAGGCACUUUAACCGUGGACCUUUAAGGUGGCUGUUAUAUAGAUGAAGAGGUGGCUUUUAGCUCUUGGACUUUCCAUUUUGUUUUUUUGGAAAGACAACACCAGCCGCCGCCCCUCCCCCCCCCCCCCGGCCUUUUUUUGUGAUUUGUGUCCCAGAUAUGCCCGUGUAUUCCUUUCCAGCAAAACUGUGGGCAGAAUUGGAAACUGGGGAGUGCUGAUUUCAGCAAAAGUGUCGUCAAAAAGAGUGGCUUGGCACACGAGCGGAAAGGAAAAACAAAACUGGCUUUUUAAUUUGGCACCGUGCAACCUGCUCCAGACCAGACAAGUGAGCGGGCUUAAUCUAAUACUGUCUCUUUUCUCCUUACUCCUCAGAAGUAAAGAUUGUAGAUCUUUCUGUUUGAGGCAAACUCCAGGGACUGUCUGCAGGUUUUAUAUUUAUUUUUUGAUAACAAGACACCUGAACAAGUGAUAAGGGGGAAAGAAUUCCUCAUCUCAGCUUUUCUUGAUGUUCUAACUAGUAACUAUGAAGACAGCUCUCUCAGAGAACAAUGUGAAGAUGACUCAGCAGUUAAGAGGUCGCCUGUUUUUUACAACCCAGGUAAAUGAAGGGCACGUUGGCCUGUGAUGUGUCCCCAGACAAAAGGAAAUACUUGCAUUUGAAUUACUGUGCAGUCAAAACUGAUAUGCUCAAGAAGGAUUUAUAUUUCAAUACAAUUUGUACUAAAUUUUAUAAAAAAAUAAAGUAAC